AUGCAAACGCGUCUGCUCCACGCAGCCGACGCCAAAUUCCCUGAGAACCAGCUCGGCAGCGAACACGGUAAAGCUCCUGAGACUCCUUCGAAGGAAAACCCAGGAAACGUUUACCCCAAGUCCGACCCCGAACCUGCUCCCGCCCACUCCAUUCCCGGAACAGGUGGCUCUGGAGGUGAAAGUCAGAUGAGAGGAGAUCAAGGAGUACCUGCCGAGAAGGGCGGUCUGUAUUCCGACUAG